AUUUGUUACAUUAGUUGUACUAGUGGCUGUGACAGGUCCGAUUUACAAUCCCAAUGUGAUCGGUUACAGUUGAUUAGAAAUGGGUAGAGAAUCGUUUGUUACCCUUGCAACAAAUGAUGAAUACUGUGUGGGUGCACUUGUUUUAGCAGCAUCCCUAAAACAAUCAGAAACGUCUAAAGAGCUUACCAUUCUUGUAACCCCUGGUCUCUCAUCACAGAUGAGACAACUGCUCUGCAGCACUUAUGAUAAUGUAAUCGAAGUACAACCAGUUAUAACCAAAGGCUGGAGUCUGCCUGUUAUUGGUGGUAGAACAGAGCUCAUUGAAACAUUCACAAAAAUUCAGGUUUGGAGUCUUACUCAGUUUACCAAAGUUGUAUUUAUGGAUGCUGAUACUCUGGUUUUGCAGAACGUUGAUGAAUUGUUCAACAGAUCUGGGUUUACUGCUGCACCUGAUCCUCUGUGGCCAGACUGUUUUAAUUCUGGUGUCUUUAUAUUAGAGCCUUCUAUGGACACGUACAACGGUCUUCUACGAAUGUUGUUUGACUCUGGGAGUUUUGAUGGAAGAGAACAAGGUUUACUGAACACAUAUUUUUCCAACUGGUUAGAAGGAGAUAUAUCACACAGACUACCUUGUAUAUACAACUGUAUUUGUCGUAUAUCAGAUGACACAAGUUUUGAAUUCUAUACAAGUAGAUCCGCUUGGGUUCAGUUUGGCGGAUCUGUUCGAGUUGUGCAUUUUGCUGGUCCAAUCAAACCUUGGCAUAAAACAUCCGCGGCCAAAACAUGUAGUCAAGCUGCUUUUCGUACAUUCUUUAAUACUGAUAAAAAUAGACGAUCAAUAUGUCGUGUAGCUGGUAUGCUGGCCUACUGGUGGUCAUUAUUUCUAAUUCUUGUACGACCACAACUUUAUCCUGAUAUGACUGGAAUAGCCGGUGAUUUAGCUAAUAUUGAUUAUGGUAAACAAUUAUGUUCAUAUCAUGCACAAUUAGAAGCUGUUAGUAAUGAACGAAUGUAUGCAUGGGAACGUGGUGAAAUUGAUUAUACUGGAAAAGAUCGUUUUAUAAAUAUUUUAAAUAAAUUAUGCACAACAUUACGUGAUAUUGGCGGUGAAACGAAUCUACCCAUUGGUACAGAUAUCAUGAAAUAAUUAAAUCAUAAAAAAGAUUUUUAAUAAAAUGUAUAUAGAUAUAUAUAUAUUUGUCAACUUGAAUUUCUACAUUAUCUAUUUCGUUUAUAUACUACUAAUAAUAAUCAGUAGUUUUAUUAGCAAUCUAUUUUCUUUAUCUUUUCAUAUUCAUCCAUUGAAAGUCAUUCAUUAUCUUUAUACCUUAUGAUAAGUAUUAGUUUAUUAUUAGUUUGAUCGAUUUAUUUAUUUCCCUUUUUUCUUUUUUCUCUUUUCUUUCUUUCUUUUUUUCUUUUAAUACGAGCUAUAUUAUCAUUUAUAGAAUUUUGUUUCGUUUACCUUCUCAGGUUUGUUAUUACACAUGAAUUGUACUAACAGUAUUAAUGAUUAUAAUCGAAUUACCUAUUGAAUCUUGUAAUCUUACAUGACAAAAUCAUGUGAAAAGAUGAUUGCCCUUGUAGUUGUUGUUAUUUUCUAUUCUAAUCUUUCACCUAAUUCAUGUCAUUUCAACAAUACUAUCACUUUUAGCAUAUAUAUCCUGUUGAAUGAUUUGUAUAUUAUAACUGUUUAUUGAAUGUAUUCCUGUUAAAUAGAAUAACCAUUUAUUCUUUGAUCGUAAAAAAAAACAAAUAAGGUUGUUUUAUAUUUGUUACUAAGAGAGAGAAAAAAACCACACACACACACACACAAAAGAGAAAUUCUUUGAUUUGAUUUCAUUUAAUGGAAAUCAAUAAAUAUUCCCAUGUGUUAGAUGAAGCCCAAAUGUAAUCUGAAAUCAUUCUUAUCAAAAAAUGUAACCCUAUUGUUUGAUGAAUGGAUUAUGUAAUGUAAUCAUAUGUGACAUGAAUAUAAUUAUUGAAAUAAAAGA